AUGGACCCAGAAAUCAUCAACAACCCACUACCUUCCAGUUCCAUUCCUCAAGCAUCUUCUACACCUACAACAACAAUUGCAAAACCACUAUCCAUUCCUUUACCUGAGAAAUUGAACAACGACAAUUUUCUCACCUGGUGUCACUCUGCAAUUCUUACAAUUUCAAGUCAAGAACUUGAAGAUCACUUAGACAAAGCGAAGAUUCCAGUUCGCUAUGCCUCACCAGCAGAUGCACAAGCUCAAAAAGAAUCAAAGGCAUAUAGAGAAUGGAGACUUGAUGACUACAAUGUUGCUUCAUGGUUAUUUUCAUCCAUGGACCCCUCCUUUAAGCAUCGAGUGGGAUCAGCAUCAGAUUACCUUCUUGAAAUUAAGAAAGUGGUUGAUUCUCUUGCUACUGUUGGAGCUCCUUUAACUGGUGCAGAAUAUACCAAUGUCAUUCUAGAUGGAUUAAAUGAAGAUUAUCAAUCUUUUCUCACCUAUGUUACAGCAAAAGAUCCACCCUACUCCAUUCCUGAUCUUGAAGCUCUCUUGAUGGCUCAAGAAGACAUUGUCGAGAGAUUCAAGAAACCGGAUUCCUCUAUGGUACAGGUAAAUUUUACUCAGUCACAACCUGUUAAUCAAAACAAUUCUGAUCCUAACUUUGGAAGACACACAACAAACAUGCCUAGUAGAGGAACUUAUGGUAGAAGAGGUCGUGGAGGAAGAUCGCAGCGUGGAGGCAGGGGUGCAUGGAACAAUCCUAAUCGUCCACAAUGCCAAAUUUGUGGCAAGCUGGGACAUGUUGCCAGUUACUGUUAUUUUCGAUUUGAUCAACAAUUCCAGCAUGCCCAACAAAAUUCAGGUUUAUCCUCCAUGCACAAUGCCCUACCUCCACCUCCCUCCUUUCAUAACCACAGAGCAUUGCUAGCUACACCCAUUACUAUGGUUGACCCUUCAUGGUAUGCUGAUUCUGGAGCUUCUCAUCACUGUACUCCAGAUCAGUCCAACUUAGAGCAAUCACAAGAAUACCAUGGUCAAUAUCAGAUGUAUAUAGGUAAUGGUUCAGGCUACUAAGGAGGUGCUUCUCCAAGGAACAGCAACUAAUGGCAUGUAUAGAUUUCAAAAGUUUAUAUUCCAAAAAUAAAAACAGAUUGUAGUCAGUUUAAUUCUUAUGUUCUUAUAGCUAAGACUUUAUCUCUAGAUAUGUAUCACAAGAGAUUUGGUCACGCAACAAUGCAAAUUGUAAAAUCCAUUGUAGCAAGUUGUUCAUUUCCUAUUAAUAAUAAUGAAUCUGAUACUGUUAUGUGUGAUUCAUGUUGUUUGGCUAAAUCUCACAGACUUCCUUACUCUC